UUCAAUAAUAUAAGAAAUAAUAAAGUAGGCGAUGUAACAAGUGCGACGGCACUGAGUAUGUAUGAUGCUGCUGGCUUCUUGAAUACACAAAUGUGAGAUUAAUUCUGGGCACAUACUUGGUGUUUGUUAUCUUUUUCGGAGGAGAUGUUCCGUGAUUAAAUUCUUUACUGUUGCGUUGCUCCUGUUGCCCUGGUGCGUUGCAAUGUCACGAAGGAAACAAGCAAAUCCUGCUAAACUGGGGGAGACUGAGAGUACGGAUGCUUUGGAGGAGGAGGAGGACACGCCGAGUUCUUCUAAAGAGAUGAUGAUGGGAAUGUUCAAGAAUGGAGGUGAUAACAAUGUGUUUGAUGACGUCGAUAUUAAGGAGGAGGACGAGAUACUGGACGACGAUGAUGAGGACGAGGAUGAUGGGAGUUUAUUAAACGGACAGGGAAGUUCGCCGUCGAGCAGCUCGGAGCAAGCGUCCCCUGCAAGUUCCUGCCAGAGUUCGCUCAGCGACACGCCGGAGGCCGAAGAGCCGUACACGAUGGGCGCGACGGCUACAACCCCUUACGAAUGCAAUAUUUGCAAAAGGGCAUUCGCCAGGUCAUCACUAUUAAGCAAACACGUACAGACGCACACCGAGCAGUUGCAAUUCAGCUGUCCUUAUUGCCGUCGCCUGUUCAAGCACAAGAGGUCCAGAGAUAGACACACCAAGCUGCACACCGGAGACAAGAAGUAUAAGUGUCUCCACUGCGAUUCGGCGUUUGCAAGAAGCGACCACUUAAAAAUUCACAUGAAGACCCACGACAACAAAAAGCCUCAUCAAUGUGAAUUAUGCAAUCGCGGCUAUAACACCGCUGCGGCUUUGGCUUCCCAUCAACAGCAUCAUUCGAAGCAGGAGCAAAGGAGAUGCGGCAGUAGCGCCAGUAGGAGCAGCGCCGUCAGCACACCGAGUCCUGGUAACUUCCGAUGUCUACAAUGUCCGGACACUUUCGAAAAACCGGAGCAUCUUCAGAACCACUUGCAAGUGAGCCAUAAAAAUAUCUCGCCUCCGGCAUCUCAUCCAAAUAAUUUAUUAAUGGACGCCAGUUUCAAUAUAUUGAAAACGGCCAUCGAUCUGCCGAAAAUCGCCUGCAUGUAUUGCGGAAAAGAUUUCCUCAGCAUGAACCACAUGUAUCAGCACAUCCAUUCCGAGCACCGUGCUAUUUUCAAUAGCAUCUCGCAAAGCUUCACUCCGCUACCUUCGCCGGUUAUGGAGAAUCUAUCUCCGAAGACGUCCAGGCAGAACAGCUCGCCGACCUACGCGUGUGAUCGCUGCACGAUGCGAUUCGAUUCGCCAAUUUUACUUCAGGAGCAUAUCGAGAACGUCCACUGGGGACCAACUGGACUAUACAAGUAUGACUUCACGACGAUGUCGAACUCCUCGGGCAUCUCCAACGAGAAGUCAUCGCACUCGUUAGCAGCCACCUCGCAAUCCAAGCCUACCGAUCUGAGCAGAAAACGGCGUUCUGAGAACCCUCUUGACUUCAAGUUGGAUAAGAGGAAAGCCGAUGAAGCGGCACUAGUCAGCAAGCAGACCUCGUCUCCAUCCACUGGUAGUCCUUACGAAUCUAAUGACAAACCUUGCAUAUGUUCGUAUUGUUAUGCGCAAAUGCCAAACUUCAAAAUGUUCCUCCUUCAUAUGGAAACCCAUGUGUCUAUGAGCACACCAUCCACCCCUCUACCUCUUUCUACGAACAACGUGAUUGGGUGUUGUCCCCUUUGCGGUGAACCGGCUCGCAGCACCCUAGAACUGGGCCGCCAUAUCUUCAGUCACGCCAUCAGCAACGUCACAGCUCGAUGCUGUCACUGUUGCAAGAAACCCUUCGACCAAAUCGAUGACCUACAAAAACACCUCCUCGAAGCCCACUCCCAAACCGUCUACAAGUGCAGCAUCUGCAACGAUAUAUUCGAAACUCAGCUAGCUUUACAGAUGCACUUUUCGAACAAACAUAGUCCCGAGUGUAAGCAUUACAGGUGCAACCUCUGCUGCGACCAAGUUUUCCACGACCGUCUCACAGCCGAGCUUCACGUAAAUAUGAAGCACAGUAUUCAGGCGCCUCUGAGCUCAAGUGUGCGAAAUUAUCACCACAUGUCCAGAUUUCCUGAAAUCGAAACUCGCGCUGAAUUUUCCAUUUACCAAUGCCCCUUCUGUCAGAAAGCCUUUAAAGACGAGUACCUGCAAUAUGUACACAUCCUCAAGGAACACAACGAGGUGCGCGAGGGUGAAAAUUAUCUACUAGACUCCAGUAACCGUCGCAUCCCGUCCGCUUCGCCCAAUGUCGCAUAUAGCAAGACAAGCUCAUCUCCCGACAAAAUUGACCUUGGUAAGAUUGGUAACUACAGUUGCGAGAUUUGCAAUAGGUCUGACAUAGCCAGUGAAGCUGAGCUAACUGCUCACAAGAAAUUGCACCAUGCUAAAACCAAAGUAGGUACUUUAAGUUUACAAUGCGCAUACUGCAACGAGCACUGCAAAUCCCGCAACGACCUGGAGAACCAUAUGAAGUCGCACCAAGUGUCAUGCGGCAAAGGUAAGCACAAGUGCAAUAUCUGCGAUGAAAUAUUUACGUCCAACGGCACAUUGGCCGAACAUAAGCUAUCUCAUUGCAAGAUAGUCGCUGGUAGCAGUUGCACCCAAUGCAAAGCAGUAUUACUAGACGAGCAAUCAUUUUAUAACCAUCAACUCCAACACAGCAACACGUCCGCAAUCAACAAGCAAAACUCGCAAAUUUCGCUACCCGCAAACUGCAUCAUAUGUUGUCAGACCUUACAGACCGACGUCGAGAUUAAACUUCACGCGAAAUUCCAUCUGCGGCAUUUGUUACAAAAAGAAUUAAUAUGUGCCAUUUGCAACAAGAUGUGUGACAACCACUUAUUAAAACACGUAGAAAAAAACAACAUCAAUGUUCCCAUAUGCAUUGAAUGCAUGAAAGCUACCAACGGAUCCUCUCCAUCGUCCUUGAUCGCAUCACAGAGCAAACUAUUCGCAUGUCUCAAGUGUUCUCAGACAUUCGACACGGAGGAUGAGAUUAAAGCGCACACCACUGAACACAUGAUGAACGAAGAGCCCAGCCUCGAGUGUCACCUAUGCCGCAACGUUCUGCCCUCUCCGACCAAACUUCAGGUUCACCUGAUAGAGCACAAUUUUAUGGGAAUGGGCCAAUAUCGCUGCUACGUCUGCUCUUCCGUCUUUACUACAGCCAUGGGCCUUCGCACCCACAUCAUUGCACACGGCCUCAUCCAUCGACCCUACGAAUGUACCGACUGCAAAAUGAAGUUCUUCUUUGAGACGGAACUUGAAAACCAUCGCUACGUCCAUCUGCAUCCUAAUAUGUAUACAAAAAAUGGUAGCGAAUACUUUGAGUGCAAGUCCUGCGGUCGGUCCUUCAACGACAACAUCUAUUACAAGGAGCACGUGCAGAGUUGUCCGAUGUCCACAAAGGACAUUGAACAAUCGCAUGAGACCAAAAAAAUUGAAAUUAAGAAGGAAGAGUUGAAUACCGAAUGUGAGCACGAAUUAGCUACAAUCAACAAUAAUAAGUAAUAUGUGUACAGUAAAUUAAUGAGAGAGAAAAAGAAAAUGAAACAUUUUUAUACUUUGGGAAUUUAGGGGAAAUUAGCU